UAGUAUAUGGAGUAUAUGGAGUAUAAAAAGGCCAAGGUGUUAUUGUAAAGCACACCCGCUAUGUGCACGGUGCUUGUUUCAGGCUUUCAGCACAAAAGAAAGAGCUUGUUCUUCUUCUGUGGAGUUAGGCAGUGGGGCGGAGAGACGUACUCACAAGUCAUAAACACUUUCGCAACCUCAAAUCGACCAAAUGGUACAGUUGCCGAUCCUUCAGUAUGAAGAAAAAAUCAUGGAGACAAUUGAGAAAAAUCCAGUCAUGGUGCUUAUUGGGGAGACGGGAUCAGGGAAGAGUACCCAGCUCUCGCAGAUGCUUUACCGAAGGGGAUACACCAAAACCGGCAUGGUCGCCGUCACCCAACCUCGACGGGUUGCCGCUGUUACAGUCUCCAGGAGAUAUGUUCGAAGAGGCCUGGGUGAAAUGGUGAUAUAUGCAGGAGGAGUUCUUUUUGGUAUUUUUGGAUGAAAGAAAAGAAUUAAGUUUAAGAAGAAGAAAUGGAGAGAUAUGAAAUGGGAAGAGGUAAAAUGAAGGGAUAAACCAAGUUGGUGUUUAAGAGAUAUUACACACUCUUAUCUUAACUUGGGGUUAAGUCUAGAACUUAAUUAAGAUAUAACACACUUAAUUAAAUAUCUAGAACCUAAAACUCACACUUAAGAUAACCACUCUUAAGAUAUAGAUUUAGGAAUUUAAAUAGCAAACACAACAAGUGUAUUACUAAAUGGAAAAUGGAAUU